CCCCCGCCCCCACCCCUCCGGAAACGUGUGAUUAGUCCGUGCCGGUCCCCCAAGUCCCCCGGCCCCGAGAUGGGCGCUCACUGGAUAUUCUGCCUCCUCUUCGUCUUCACCAAAUUCGGAUUUUAUUGUCAGAUGGCGCCUGCGGCUGCGGGCUCUGAGCUGAAGCAAUGGACUCCCGGGGUCGGUAGCUCCUUCCGGAUGGAAUCGACGCUGCUCCUCAACGAGAAGGACGCCCGGACGGGAAAAGACGUCGGGUACCAGGUCCAAGGAGCCGUCACCGUCGCCUGCGUCUGGCAGAACCCCGACCCCUACGCCACCCCUGACAAGCUCCUCAAAAUCGAGCUCCAAUACCCGCAGUUGCUCAUCAAAUCGCGAAAAGCCCCCGCACCAGAAGGAUUUGUAACACACGGCUCGAAAUUAGAUUCCCUGAAAAACGGACCGAUAUUUGUUCAUUGGGUCAAUGGCAAAAUCAAGAAUGUGUACACAGUUUCAGGGGAAGACCCUGCUAUUGUCAAUUUGAAAAUUGCUGUCGCCUCUCUCUUUCAGUAUCAAAUUGGUGACAGUGAAGGACCAAAGGAAGAAAUGGAUGCAUCUGGAGUAUGCAAAACUUCUUACGUGUCUAUUGAUUCCCAUACUCUCCUCAAACGGAAAAGCAAUUGCAAAUUACUUCCACCCUUACCAUUUGUUCAGCAUCCAGAGAAGGUGUGGAGUGCGGAUGUUGACUCUAAACGAGAAGUUUUCUUUGAGUUCAACAAGGACCUUAGCCAGAUAAAAAGAAUUGCCUCUGAGGAGAGUCAUGUCUUUCAUGUCGCAGCCCGUGAAGAUGUUGGAAGUAUAAUCACUGCCAGACUUCAACUUUUGAAUUCAGGUAUUCCGUUCGAGGCCUCUGUUGCUGAUGCUCCAAGUGUAGAUCAAGCUGUACAAGUUCUCAGCAAAGAGUUGAGACUUUCGCUAUCAGCACAAUACUUAACGCUUCAGAGAGAAGUUCUGUCUUGUCAAGACGAUGCUGACUCCUGUCCCAAUUUAGCAAAGCUUAUCAAAGAGAAUCGGGAGGCACUGCAUGGCAAGAAUUUUGGAACAACGAGAUCAGCUUCACUUUUCAUCAAACUCAUCAAAGCAGUGAGGAAUGGGAAGAAGGAGGAAAUCAUUAAAGUCAUGAAACACUCCAAAAAUGCCAAUCUUCUGCCUCAGUUGUAUGAUGUGUUGGGAACAGCUCAGACAAUGACUGCUCACGAAGCUGCGAUGAAGCUACUCAACUUGAACAGUGAGGCAGAUGUUGAUAAGGCUGAAAGGUAUUUUUGGGCACUAGCUCUGGGUUCACAACCGCUGCAGGCUGUGAUUCAAGAUUUGUCAGCAUUAAUUGAGAAACCAAUCAAAAGUGACAAGUUACGAGAAACAAUGACGCUGACUUUGGCAGCUAUGGCAAACCGAUUUCUGCAAUUAAAAGAGUCGGAUACCACACUCAAUAAACAGUUGAAGGAACGAGAAGAGGUGGUAGCAGUUCAAAAAUUAUUGUCUAAAAAAUUAUCCGCAUGCAAAGACACAGAUGAAUUUUGCCAACUGAUGUACCUUCGAGCUAUGAAAAAUCUCGGCAAUGAAACCUCAAUCCCUCAAGUACUUGAGUUUGCUUUCAAAGGAUCACGAAAAGUGAGUGUUGCAGCAAUGAAAACGCUGAAGUCCUUUCCCUCCAAGUUCUGGGAUGCAAAUGUUUUGAGGUCAGCAGAGAAAAUCUACUUCCAGCUGAGCAAGCUUUUUGAUAGCAGUGCUCGAACACUGGCCAUUGACAUUUUGUUAGAGUCUAAUCCAUCUGAUGCGACUCUUAAACACCUACUUUUCUCACUAACAUCAAGUGAUCCUGUUUAUGAGGUCAAACAGUAUUUGCUUCAGCGAUUGAGACAAUUUGCAGACAAUGAUGCUGAGUUUGCAGCAAGGAUAAAGAGGAUCGUAAACUCAGCUGGACUUAACCACUAUGGAGCAUUGGCGCAACGUGGAAUGACAACUGCUUUUACAAGACCCUUUAUGAGUCACCCUAGUGCCAAUGGCUCAUUACUCACAAUUCAAGAAGUCUCUGGAGGAAUACUCAAGAGAGGGAUUGUGGAUGUUGUGAUUGAUAGCAAAGAAAAAUCUCACACUAUUUUCAGUUUGGGAUUAUUUGCUGGAGGUCUGAGUUCGUUUGUCUCCUCAGAUGACUCAACAAAUUCACCUGAGGAAGGUGAGGAAGCAGCAACAGCAGGCAUGGAGCUGACAGUCAUGGGAGUUCAAAUUCGGCCUUUUGUCUUUUUCAAUGGUCAGGGAGAGCUUAUGGGCCAUGUCUGGUCCGGAACUGGAUCAGAGAAAACACCUGCUUAUCAGGCUUUAGGAUUAUUGCAAGAUUCGCUUCUUUACAUUCCUCUGGGCACUGGUACGGUUGCCCAAAUUACCUUGCUGGGAGGUAUCUCAUUUGAUCUUUCUGGGCAGAUUCAAUUUAGUCUUUGGAAUCGAAAUGCUCACUCACUAGUAGAAAAAAAUGCUGGUGUAUCAUUACAAGGACUCGUGAAAGUUGAUUCUGCUUAUGUCAGGAGUCAAAUAGAAUUUCAAGUAGGAACAGAAGUCAAACUGAAUUUAGUUUCUGACAUAGACUUCUAUAGCAAAGUUGCUCUCUGUAUGCAGCUGAAACAAUUAGAUUCAUUAAUUAGGCAUAAUAUCUUCAAAGUUGAGAGAAUCCCUGGGAGCAAGCACAGGCUACGAAAGUCAACAUAUCGAUUUGUCAAAGUUCCUGGACGAUGUUAUUAUCUCAACCAGAAAAAUAAUGAUAUGUGUCGUGUCAUAUUUAAAAAUACGUAGCAAGUCAUUGAGUAACAAACAACAUUAGGAACAAAUUUUUAAUUUAUGCUCAGUCAUUUUCUGACUCAGGGUUGCCUAGUUCCUAAAAGGCAUGUCUUUUAAUAGGAACUCUAAGGUCAUUUUUUUCCUUCCUUUUUUUUUGUAAAUGAGUAACAGAAAAGUCUUUUGCUUGCAUUUUAGCAUUUUUGUCGGAAGAAAUCUAGAAUUUCAUGCUCUCUCUAGUUUAUAUACCAAUUGAAAUUCUGACAUCUUUAAAGAAUCUCAUUAAUUUUUACUGUAGGUAUCCAGAUCUUAUGGUUAUAUUUACUGUGAUGAAUUUGAAAAGGAAAUUACAUAGUUAUUUUUGAUUAUGUUCGUUUUCCCUAACUAUCUCAUUAGUAUGGGCCUUUCCUCUGCAGCUAAAGAAAAAAAUAUUCCACCUUGAGUGCGCCAUCUUUUGCGCAUGAUACAUUUGAUGACUGAAGUAAAAAAAUGUAUCUCAGAUUUUGAAGUUGUUCUCUGCCCAUGUUUUUUUUUUUUUUUUUUUUUUUUUUUUUUAUUAAUAUUUAUAUAUAUAAAGAAAAAGAACCAACAUUUUCUAUUGAGACUUUCUAAGAAUUUUCCCUAUUUCUUCCAAAGAAAAAAAAAUUAAGGAAACAACUCAACGAAAAUAAAAUUUAGGUAAUCAGAGAUUGGUAGAUAUUGCAAUUAAAGUGUUAAGGACUUCCUCAAAAUAUAUGAGAUUUGAACGUAACUUAUUUAAAGCUUUGGAAAAGUGGCUUUGUACAUUUUGGCCAUAAAUUUCGCAUUGGAGCGUUGUAUCAACGUAAAAACAUGACAGUUCAUUUCCAAAGAUGUGCUGAUGCUGUAUAAUUGAUUUUCAUAACAAAGACCUAUUUUACAGUAUGCCCUUUCACAAGCAAACUCUUCAAUUGAGAUUCGCAUUUAGCCAUUGAAAUAUUUAUAUUAUGAUGAUUCGUCUCAUCAUUGGAUGAAAUUGUUAAACCAUUUUAUUCUUAAAGAUAAGCUUUAAAUUUCAUAGAAAAUGUAUUUUUUUGUAAUGUAAAAAUUACUUAUGCUCUUAUUGUGAGAUGUAAGUAAGUAUAUUCUGUCUCGGAUUCCACCAUUUAUGCAUUUAACUGUGAAGGCCUGAAAUUUCAAAUUUUUUGUGGAUUCUGAAGAGAAUAUUUGGAGAGUUUUUCUCCUUCUUCUUAUAUUUUACUUCUCAUUUUAUAUGAUCAUUGAACAAAUUCUCAAUCGGCAGAUCAGUGUAUGUAAAGAUUGUUACUUUAGUUUUAUGUUUUGUUUACUCAUCAUUCAAAAUACUUUUUGUUUGUUAUUGUUUCUCUCUUGUUGGCCCAGGUUUAACAUAGGUUCUAAAAGUACCUGCCAAGUUUGAUGUUUCUCUAAGAGCUCCCAAUAAUAUUUCCCUUUAAAAUGAAAUAUUUUGUUGUUAUUGUGAUUGUGCCUUUCUUAGUUCCAAAAUUCAAUUAAAUCAAAUAUUUUUAAAUAUUAUUUUAAAUGAACAGGCUAUAAUAUUCAGGCAAAAUUUCCAUUUAUCAAAUACACAUUUUAUUUUCUGUAGUCUGAAAAAUUGUCUAGUUUUAAUAUUUUUCAUGUAAAUUAUUACGAUUGCUUUCCUUUUUAUAUUUUAUGUCAAUCAGUUUGAAGAGGCAACUAAAUAGGAAAUCAUAACAUUCAGUUAAAUUUUCAAGAUCUCCUCAAUUCUUUGGAGGAAAUUGAAAAUUAUGUCUCAUACACCUUAGCUCCAGGAGAGAUUCUCAUUUUGUAUAGGAAAUUGCAGGUACUCUUGGCACUGUAUUUUAUACUCUCAAUUUUAUCCCCUUAGUUAUUCAUUGACGUUCCCUAUUUUUUAAUCUUUAAUGUACGUAUGAUCAAAAGUUGAUUAUUUGCUUUGCAUAAUAUGAAAUUCAAACACAGUUAAUUGGAUGUAUUUUUGUCAAACAGAACUAUGCGCCAUCGGGGUAGGAAGGUAGAGGGGGGCUUGGAUUGGCGGCGGAACCGGGUGUCGGGCUCAUUUGUUCCUAUACUUGCAAUGCUUUUCCAUGGCACUUAGUUCCGUUUGACAGAAUGCGGUAUCCAGUUUUCUAAAUUCCUCUAAAGGAACUCAAAUUGGCGCUUAGUUCUGUUUGGCAGAAAUACGUCCAAUUGAUGAACAUAAUUUAGGUCAUCAUGAAUUUUAAUGAAUCCUUUCAGAAUUCACUACUAUCUUAAUCUAAUUUUAUUUUAAAAGCAGCCCAUAAUAGAUAAUGGUUUAAAAAAUAAUACUUAAACUAAUCAAACCAAGCAAAAAUAGCACUAUGCCAUAUCUUGGAAUAAAAAGAGCUUAAAGAAGGUAGUUUUGAACUUAACUAGUCAUAUAUUCUGUCCUGUCCAAGAUUCAAAAUUUUACUUUGAAUGUGUAAUUGGUGUAAAACCUCAUGCGCAUUCAAAAUUAAGUCUUGGGAAGGAAUAAAUGUUCCAAUCUAUCUGUCUUUGUUCCAACUUGAUGUAGGUAGCUUAGUUUACCUCUGCUUAGCACACUCCAAAUGACCAUUAGAUUCCUUUUAUGAUGAGGAAAGAGAGCUGCAACAGAAAUUAUUGCACGUUUGCCAUCCUUAUUAUCUUUGAGUUUGCAAUCUGUUUUGGUUAGUGGUAACUUACUCAUUGUUUUUCCUCUUUUUUAUGUAAUUUUUAUAAUAUGUUAAAGUAGUCUUAGUCAAUUUGCAUUUAUUAUUUUUUGUUAUAUGAAAUGUUAAGUAUUAAGUAGGUAUGUAAAAAAUUGUUCCUGCGAUACAUUAGUCAAACAAUGUAAAACAGGGAAACCUUCAAUAUUUGACAUUUUGUAAAAUUAUCCCGAUGGAGACUUCAAUACCUAACGUUAGAAAACUAUUUUUACCAUUUAUUCAAUGAUUUAUAAUGUUAAUUGAUGUUUUGUACAGAGGUAUUUGUUGUGUCUGGAUGACCAAGUUAUUUUGAACAAAAUGAACUCCAUUUUAUUUCUCAUA